UAAAAAAGCGAAAUUCUAUUCCACAGAAGAGACGAAAUUCCAUCAGUAGUUGCCCUUCUAUGUUAUUGAAUGAUUUAAGGUAUAAGAAAUACUGUCACGCCAUUUUAGUCCUUCUCAGGAAUGCUCACGGAACAUGUACGAUGCUCCAGCCGGAUGACAGGAUAGGAAGAACUCUUUUUGGAAAUCAACAGUGUAACGAAAGUUUGCUACAAGAACGGUGUAAAGAGAUAUUUUAAAAACUUUAGAGCAGCAAAUAGACAAACUGCAAAUACAGAGGAAUUCAUUACUUGAAGCCAAAAGAAAGAUCCUCUAUCUUAACCUAAACGUGUGAAAGAGAACACGUGGAGAGUGUAGUGGUAUCAGAUAUAAUUCAUAGUUUGAUAUUUUGUGCGAUUUAAAAUAUCAGCAAUAAUGGAUAAAGUAUUGAAAGAUCCACGUUUCACGCAUGUAUGGACAGAUCCGAAAUUCCGACGUAUUCCCGAAGCUAAAAGGAAAAUAAAGAUUGACCACCGUUUCAAGGAUAUGUUUGAAGACAAAAAGUUCACUGCAAAAAGAACCGUCGACAAGCGUGGCAGACCACUUAAUCAAACUACCACUGAAAAUCUUCGGAAAUACUACGAUCUGUCUAACAGCGAAGAUGAAGACGCAUCUGUGCCAUCUACGAGUCAAAAAGACAAGAAGAAAAAGAAGAAAUCAAAAGGAGAAACCAAGAAACAAGCAAAUGAUAAACAAGAGGCAGUGAAGGAGGCAGAAUCAGACUCUGCAAGCAGCGAAGAUGCAUCGGUGCCAUCUACGAGUCAAAAAGACAAAAAGAAGAAAUCAAAAGGAGAAACCGAGGAACAAGCAAAUGACAAUCAAGAGACAGUGAAGGAAGCAGAAUCGGACUCUGUAAGUGAUCUUUCAGAUGAAAAAGAUAAAGAUGAAUCUGAGGAUGAUACAUUGUUGGAUGGUAACGAAGAUCUCCAAGAGGAAAUUUCACAAUUAGAUUUAGAGCAGAACAAGAAGCAGUUGCAUAAGAAAAAGAAGAAUGAGGGAGAAGAACUCACAAGUAAAGUUAAAGAGAGACUGAGAGAUCUUAGCGUGGAUUAUGCCAGGGGUCAAGGCAUUCUACUCACUGAGAGUUCUUCAGAAGAUGACUCAUCUGAUGAAGCUAGUGACACCAACAAAGAAGAAAUUGAACAUAAUUGGGGUGAACUGGACAAAGAAGCUGAAACGACCGACGAAAUUACACGCAGAUUAGCCAUUUGUAAUAUGGAUUGGGACAAGAUACGCGCUGUUGAUUUGAUGAUUUUGUUGAAUUCAUUUUUAUCCAGCAGUGGACGCAUACAUUCAAUUAUGAUUUAUCCGUCAGAAUUUGGUCAGCAACGGAUGAAAGAGGAGGAGAUUAAUGGACCAGUGGAAUUAAGGAACAAAGACAUUGACGAAGAAGAUGAAAUUAACAUUGAAAAUGAUAAUGAAGAAAGCGCGAAACGUCACAUGGAGAAAUUAAGGCAGUACCAGCUAAACAGAUUGAAAUAUUAUUACGCGGUUGCUGAAUUCGAUUCCGCGGAAACAGCAAAUAAGGUGUACACUGAAUGCGACGGUAUCGAAUACGAAUCGACAGCGACUAGAGUGGACCUCAGAUUCAUUCCAGAUGACAUGACAUUUGAUCAGGAACCCAAGGACACGUGCACUGAAAUACCGGAACCUACGAAAUACCAACCGAGGCAGUUCACGACGACAGCUUUGCAACAAGCCAAAGUUGCAUUAACGUGGGACGAAACAAAUAUGGAAAGACGAGAGUUUUUCCAGAAGUUGAACUCAGGAAAAUGGCAGGAUAUUAGUGAAAGUGAUUUGCGAACAUACAUAGCGAGCCCUAGCGAAGAUGAUUCAGAUACCAAUAACGAUACAGUCGAAAAGUACAAAUCUUUACUGAAAUCUAUCGAAGAAGGAGAAAAGGAAGAAGAGGCAAAGAAGAACAAAGAUGUCGUAUUAAAAGUUACGUGGGGAUUGGACAGUAAAGAGAAGUCCGAGAAAUUAGUUGAAGAGAGCACGAAAAACAAGGAAAAGCUCACACCUUUCGAGCAAUAUCUGGAGAAACGCAAAGCGAAGAGGCAGGCUAAGAGAGAAGAAAGAAAAAAGUUCAAGGACGAAAAUCAGAGAGGUGACUCGGAAGAUUCUGUGCCAUCUGACGUUGACAUGAACGAUAAGUAUUUCGCAGAGGAAUUUGAGAACGGCAAAUCGUCAGCCCAUAAAAAAGAAAAGAAGAACGUGCUUCACGAGAGAGACUCGUCGAGCGAGCGGGAAGAAAAUCAACGUAAAGCAGAGUUAGAGUUGCUUCUGAUGGAUGAAAAGGAGGAUGGCAAGAAGCAUUUUAACAUGAAGCAGAUCGAGGAGGCGGCCACCAUGUCGAAGUCCAAACGGAAACGUCUCAACAAAAAGAGGGACGCUCAAGAAAAAAUACAAGAGGAAGACGAUUUCGAAGUUAAUGUUAAGGAUCCACGAUUUGCUGCUCUGUUUACGUCGCCUGAUUUCAAUAUCGAUCCAACGGAUCCACAUUAUAGAAAAACGAAGGGUACGGAAGCUAUAAUCAACGAGAAGCUGAAGCGAAGAACUGAUAAUGAAACACAUGCGGAGGACGAUAAGCAAUGCAAAAAGCCAAGAACAGGUGGAGCACUGUCGACGGAAUUACAAGUGCUGGUUAAAUCUGUCAAAAAAAAGGCACAAAAUAUUAGGCAACCAAUAAAAAAUUAAACUAUUAUUCCAUAUUCUCUUGAUGUGCUUGCAUGCCACAAAGUCAUUACCACAUUAAUCAAUAUUUUGUACAGCACUUAUCAAUGGCGCUUGUAAAAAUGUAUCAUAAAUGUAUUAAAAAGUUACGUCAUUUUACAAUUAUAAAAAUUUUAUUAUUAUUAGUUAUGCAAAAUGUCUGGUUUCGUUAUAACCCUAAUCUUUACGAAAUUUUAUAUAAAACACCAUCGCACAUAUAAAACAUAUCGCGUACUUAAAAGCAUAGGUGUAAUUUUCAUGUUGGAGCUUCAUGUUCUAAUAUGGGCUAUAAUAAAUUUAUAAAUUAAAUGCUA